UCCAUUAUUUUCAUCAUUUUCUCAAAGAGAAGGUUAAAAACCAUUAACUUAAUGAAUGUCAAGCUGUCAGCCGAGGUAGAGCCAUUUAUUCCCCAGAAGAAGAAUCCGGAUACAUUUAUGAUACCUAUGGCUCUCCCAAAUGAUAGUGGAAAUGUUACUGGUGUAGAACCAACUCCAAUUCCCAGCUACCUGAUUACCUGUUAUCCAUUCGUGCAGGAAAAUCAGUCCAAUAGACAAUUUCCUUUGUAUAACAAUGAUAUUCGAUGGCAGCAGCCCAAUCCAAACCCUGCUGGACCAUACUUUGCCUACCCCAUUAUAUCUGCUCAGCCACCUGUUUCUACAGAGUACACGUAUUAUCAGUUGAUGCCAGCACCAUGUGCCCAAGUUAUGGGUUUUUAUCAUCCUUUUCCUACACCUUACUCCAACACCUUUCAAGCUGCAAAUACUGUAAGUGCUAUCACCACGGAGUGCACAGAGCGUCCAAAUCAGCUUGGACAGGUCUUCCCGUUGUCCAGUCAUCGAAGCAGAAACAGUAACAGAGGAUCAGUAGUACCCAAACUUUUACAACAGCACAUAAAAAGCAAAAGGCCACUGGUGAAAAAUGUAGCUACACAGAAAGAGACAAAUGCUGCAGGUCCUGAUAAUCGCUCAAAAAUUGUGCUUCUGGUAGAUGCUUCACAGCAGACUGAUUUCCCUUCAGAUAUUGCUAACAAGUCUCUCUCGGAGAGCACUGCCACAAUGCUCUGGAAGUCCAAAGCCAUCCCACUGCUGAGUCCUCCAGUGAGCAGGGCGCUAGCGAGGCCGACAUCGACAGUGAUAGUGGUUACUGCAGUCCCAAGCACAGCAACAACCAGCCUGCAGCAGGGGCCUUGAGAAACCCUGAUUCUGGGACCCUAAGUCAUGUGGAAUCAUCUGUGUGUACAGGUAGUGCAAAUUGGUCCAAUGUAACUUGCCAGGCAACUCAGAAAAAACCUUGGAUGGAAAAAAAUCAGACAUUUUCUAGAGGUGGAAGGCAAACUGAACAAAGAAAUAAUUCACAGGUUGGAUUCAGAUGCCAAGGACACAGUACUUCCUCAGAAAGAAGACAGAAUUUGCAAAAGAGACAAGAUAAUAAGCAGUUAAACCCUAGUCAAUCCCAUAGAAGCGACUCAAAUUCGGAAUCUUUGUAUUUUGAGGAUGAAGAUAGGUUUCGAGAACUAAAUGAAACUGGAAAUGCUAAGGAUGAGAAUAUUCAACAGAAACUUUCUUCAAAAGUAUUGGAUGAUUUACCUGAAAACUCACCAAUCAAUAUAGUUCAGACUCCAAUUCCUAUUACCACCUCAGUUCCUAAACGUGCAAAAAGUCAGAAGAAGAAAGCGUUAGCAGCUGCCCUUGCCACUGCUCAAGAAUAUUCAGAAAUAAGUAUGGAGCAAAAAAAGCUACAGGAAGCUUUAUCAAAGGCAGCUGGAAAAAAGAAUAAAGCACCUGUGCAGCUAGAUUUGGGGGACAUGUUAGCUGCUCUGGAAAAACAACAGCAAGCAAUGAAAGCACGGCAGAUUACUAACACUAGACCGCUGUCAUAUACAGUGGUUACUGCAGCUUCUUUUCACACUAAAGACUCUGCUAGCAGAAAACCUUUAACCAAAAGUCAGCCCUGUUUGACAUCCUUUAAUUCUUUGGACAUUACAUCUUCUAAAGGAAAAAAAGGAAAAGAAAAGGAAAUCGCAAAACUAAAGCGACCCACAGCACUUAAAAAGGUGAUUUUGAAAGAAAGAGAGGAAAAGAAAGGUCGUUUAACUGUGGACCACAAUCUUCUGGGACCUGAGGAACCAGCAGAAAUGCACUUGGAUUUUAUUGAUGACUUGCCACAGGAGAUUGCGUCCCAGGAAGAUACGGGCCUGAGCAUGCCCAGUGAUACUUCACUCUCUCCAGCAAGUCAGAACUCUCCGUAUUGUAUGACACCUGUGUCACAAGGCUCUCCUGCUAGUUCUGGAAUAGGCAGUCCAAUGGCAUCUUCAACAAUAACCAAAAUCCACAGCAAAAGGUUUAGAGAGUAUUGUAAUCAGGUUCUUUGUAAAGAGAUUGAUGAAUGUGUGACUCUUCUCCUCCAAGAGCUUGUAAGUUUCCAGGAACGCAUUUACCAAAAGGAUCCUGUAAGAGCAAAAGCGAGGAGACGGCUGGUUAUGGGUCUGAGGGAGGUUACCAAACAUAUGAAGUUAAAUAAAAUCAAGUGUGUUAUAAUUUCUCCUAACUGUGAAAAAAUCCAAUCAAAAGGUGGCCUGGACGAGGCUCUCUAUAAUGUUAUAGCAAUGGCACGGGAACAGGAAAUUCCUUUUGUGUUUGCCCUUGGAAGAAAAGCUCUAGGACGUUGUGUGAACAAGUUGGUUCCUGUUAGUGUAGUAGGGAUCUUCAACUACUUUGGUGCUGAGAGUCUGUUUAAUAAGUUAGUAGAACUCACUGAGGAAGCCCGGAAAGCAUACAAAGAUAUGGUUGCAGCGAUGGAACAAGAGCAGGCUGAGGAAGCCUUAAAGAAUGUGAAAAAAGUACCACACCACAUGGGGCAUUCUCGGAAUCCCUCUGCAGCAAGUGCCAUUUCCUUCUGCAGCGUUAUUUCUGAACCCAUAUCUGAAGUGAAUGAAAAGGAAUAUGAAACAAAUUGGAGAAACAUGGUAGAAACUUCAGAUGGACUGGAAACGUCAGAAAAUGAGAGAGAGGUUUCCUGUAAACACAGCAUUUCUGAAAAACCCAGUAAACUUCCAUUUGAAACCACCCCCAUUGCUAAGCAGCCUUCGUCAGUGGCUGCAGGCAGUACUACCUCAGCUCCAAACCCUGGGAAGUCGACAGCGAGUGAUAAAGAGGAAGUAAAACCUGACGACCUGGAGUGGGCCUCACAGCAGAGCACAGAGACCGGCUCUUUGGAUGGCAGUUGCCGAGACCUUUUGAAUUCCUCCAUCACCAGCACCACUAGCACUCUUGUACCUGGCAUGCUCGAGGAAGAGGAUGAUGAAGAUGAGGAGGAGGAAGAAGAUUAUACUCAUGAACCCAUAUCUGUAGAAGUACAGCUCAAUAGUAGAAUUGAGUCUUGGGUCUCAGAGACCCAGAGAACUAUGGAGACCCUCCAGCUUGGAAAAACCCUCAAUGGUUCUGAGGAAGACAAUGUAGAGCAGAGUGGAGAAGAAGAAGCAGAGACGCCCGAGGUGCUGGAGCCUGCGGUGGACAGUGAGUCAUGGACUGCUGCCGACCCACAAGCCAGUCCUGAGCAGCAGGAGCCCAGCCACAGCAGCUUGACGAGCAAAGAGCACCCCGAUUCUAAUUAUACGCCCCCAAGUAUAUAACUCAGGAAAUGUCGGCCAUCUAUCCACACCUGUGUAAGGGUUGCAGCCAUUACCUUUUAUGCUUCAUCUCAACGUUUUGCACUGUCCAGUAUUUAAUAUAUGUAUUUAAUUCCUGACAAAGAUUAUUUUUGUAGCUUUUACUUGUUUUGUUAAUGAUCUAUAGCUUAGCUUUUGAGUAGCAUCUAAGUGUCUUUCUAAGAACUGUGUGGAAAAUUCAAAUCCAUUUCUGCUUACUUGUAAGGGGAAAUGAUGAUUAAGAAAAGAUGACGGCCAGGUUUUAAAGAAAACAUUCAAAAUGCCUAUUUUUAAAAGUCAUUUUGAAAACAAAGAUCAAGGUUAUAAAGACAGAAGCAGUUAGCAUCGUUUGCUUAGGUGUAUGCCUUCUUCACUCUUAAUUUGUCUGACCUAGAAGUUGUUUGAAUGUCAUUAAAAGAGAGCUAGAGCUAGAGUCAGAAAGCUAAACGAAAGGCUGAAGGUAACUAAGUCCACAAGGUGUUUUAUGUUAAAAAGUUGGUGUAACUUUUAUUUGGUCCGCAAAUGCUUCUUUCAGAAGUCACUGUUGUCAGUUAGAGUUGGGAUGGGCUAAAAUACAACCUUUAAAACUUAGGCUAGCAACAGAGCCCCAGGGUAGAUGAGAGCUAGCUGGCCUCGUCUGUGGAAAGUGAUUGAUGUCUAUAAUAAUGAACAGUUUCCCUGGCAGAACCUUCCGGGUUCUGUCCACUCAUCUGAUUCUUACUUACCUCAGGAAUGCUCUUGUACAUAGUGUUAUUUACACAAGUUAGGCCAAUUUUGACGGGUGAAUUACUAUAACUGAUUGUAGGACUGCAGCACUUACACGUAAACUACUCGGAAACAACGUCUUACGCUGGCGUGUUCUCUUGCAUGCUUCUGUUUCAGGACUCUCUCGAUUUGAGGUAUGAAUUUGGGUAUCCAAACUUGUCCUGAGUGCAAAUUUUUUUCACCUUUUUUAAAAUACAUAUUUUGCAUCUAGCCUUGAGCACCUUCCACAUACAGCAAAGACCAUAGUUACCGACAGGAGAUCAGGGAAAGAAACUUUGCACAGUUUGUAACAUGUAUACUGAUAAUCAAGGCUUAGAAGAGGAAGUUUCAGAAGAAAAGAGAAAGUUGUCAAUUGUACUGAACCUGUUAGAUGAUGUAUGCAGGUAUUGAUUCUUUAUUCACUGUUUAUCUCUGCCCUUCUGUAGGAAUGUGUGUACCACCUUGGGAGAGACUUCCUGUGUUACCGUAUUUGUUAGUCACUACCUUAAUUUUAGUGACCUCUAAAAGUUUAUAUAAUAGUGGGAGAACUACAAUUCUUUGUAUUUCUGCUUUCCCCUCCACCUCACCUCCCAACCCCAUUUAGUCAGCACAUGCAUACACACCAUGCUUUCUACUUACUAGCUCCUAGGGUGGACACAAAAACAGGGAGAGGCGUUUUCCCUGCCCUGGCUGUAUGGGGCAAGCCUGUGCCUCGCAGAGGCAGGUGACAAAAAUAAUUGGGCAGAUUCUUUACUGAACUUACUGGGACUACUGCUAGUUUUGAUGGUUUACAGUGCUGGCAUUUAGUUACUGGAGAGAUCAGAUUCUCGGUUGAUGAUUUAGUAUUUGUGAACUAUGAAAGUUUAAGAGCAUUGCUGUGUAGAAAGUGUCAGUCUAUCUAUUUUAUCAGUGUGUUAACAGGGGCCAUUAUUAUACCGUCCUGUCUAAACUGUUCUCCAGGAUAGACUUUGUAGGCACUAAUUGUCCAAUACUUAAAGGAACACAGUGUGUAAGAAAUGAAGCCUCUGAAAUAGUGAUCAUGGAUUUAUAUACACAGCAGAUCUUACUGUCUCUACACAAUUGGAAAUGUUAGCUGGUUUAAAGAAAUGAUAGAGGUUCUGAACUACUGACAGUCUUAAAAGCGGAUUUAAAGACUUUUCCCACUUUUUUAUGGUAUAAAUUUUAUUUGCUUGAUGUCAGUGAUUCAGAUAACUCUUGAUCUUGAGGUAAUAGCUUUUCAAAGGUUUCUUAUAUUUUAUAACACUUCUGAACAUGAAUCGUCAUUUUAGAUUUUUGACAUUUGUAUCAAAAGAGAAGUUGAGGACAUUGUCAGAACACCAGUAACUUAAUUUUGUGGUAGACUUCAGAAGUGUUUAACUGUGUGUUCAAUAAAUGCUCUCACACAUGCAGUACCUCUUAUGCUGGCAAACCCAAGGGACCAUACCCUCUUUUAUAUGGGACAGGUCACCUCCAGAGGACAACCCAAGAUUUAUUAAAGGAAAUGCAAUUACGUUGAGAGUGUGUUUAAGUAUUAAUAAUGUCUUUAUCAUUUGUUUCCUUUAGAUAAAUUUUGAAAAUUUUGUAUAUCAAGUUAUAGGAGCAGGUAUGAAAAUUAGGAAGGCUCUUUCUUUUUUUUUUUUUUU